AUUCUUUUUUAUGGUUUAUUGUAGGAUAUUGAAUGUAGUUCUUUGUGCUAUACAGUAGUACUUUGUUUAUCCAUUCUAUAUAUAAUAGCUUACAUCUGCUAACCCCAACUUCCCACUCUAUCCCUCUCCCAAUGCCCCCUCCCCCUUGGCAACCACAAGUCUCUCAAGGUUUUUAAUGCAGACAAAAGUGCCCUAUUAUGGAAAAAAAUGAGACAGAGGACAUUUAUUAGGAAGAGAAAUGAGCACCAGGAUUUAAGGCAGGAAGGGAUAGGCUAACUCUUCUGUUUUGUGCAAAUGCAGUGGGGUUUAGGAUUAGGACCGCCCUUAAAUAAAGCUGCUAACCCCCAAGCCUUGAAGGGAAAGGAUAAACACCAGCCACCAGUCUUUUUUUUUUUUUUAAAUUUAUUUAUUUUAUAUAUAUUUUGACUGCGUUGGGUCUUUGUUGCUGCGUGUGGGCUUUCUCUAGUUACAGUGAGUGGGGGCUACUCUUCGUUGCAGUGCGCGGGCUCUAGAUUGCAGGCUCAGUAGUUGUGGCGCACGGGCUUAGUUGCUCUGCGGCAUGUGGGAUCUUCCCGGACCAGGGAUCGAACCCGUGUCCCCUGUAUUGGCAGGCGGAUUCUUAACCACUGUGCCACGAGGGAAGUCCCCAGCUGCCAGUCUUUUGGUUGUACAACAAGAAGGCCUGGACAAUGAGAACCCUUUUUCUGCAUUGAUUCCAUUGAUACUUUCUCUCUAAAGUCAGGAAAUACAUUGCCAGUAAGGGACUGCCUUUUAAAGUAGUUUUGAUUUGGACAAUACCCCUGGCCACCCAGAACCCCAUGAGUUCAACAUUAAUGGUGUUGAAGUGGUCUACUUUCCCCCAGACAGAACUGUCUCUAAUUCAGCCUCUAGAUUAGGGAGUCUUUAAAGCUCAUUACACGUGGUAGUCUAUGGAAAGAUUGGAAAGAUUGUCAUUGCUGUGGAAGGGGAACCCUGAUAGAACAUCAUGAAAGUCUGGAAGGAUUACAUGAUUGAAGUUGGCUGUUGUUAUAGGAAAAGCUGUGAAGACCGUCAAGCCCCAAACAGUAAAUUCCUGCUGGAGAAAACUGUGUCCAGAUGUUGUGCAUGACUUACAGGAUUUACAACAGAGCCAAUCAAGGAAAUCAUGAGAUUCUGGAUAUGGCAAAAAGAAAAAAAAAAAGGUGGAGGGUGAAGGGUUUCAAGAUAGGAAUCUUGGAGAAAUUCAAGAGCUAAUAAACACAUCAGAGGAAUUAAGAUGACUUGAUGGAGAUGAGUGCUUUCGAACCAGCGCCAGAUGAUGAGGAAUAAGAUGCAGAAGAAGCAGUGUCAGAAACAAAUUGACAAUCUGGCAGAAGGGUUCUGAUUAUUCAAGACUGUUUUUGACUCCUUUCACAGCAUGGACCUUCUGUGAUACAGGCACUAAAACUAAAGCAAAGCGUGGAAGGAUUGGUACCACAUAGAAACAUUUUGGGAGAAAUAAAAAAAGCAAAAAAGUCAGACAAAAAUUAGGAUGUAUUUCCAUCAAGUUACAGGAGUGUGCCUGGCUCUCCUGCCUUACCCUUCAUCUCCUUCACUUCUUCCACCCCUUAGACAGCAAGGCCAACCCCCUCCUCUUCCUCCUCUCAGCCUUCUCAGUGUGAAUGAAGACUAGUAGGAUGAAGACCUUUGUGAUGAUCCACUUCCAGUUAAUGAAUAGUAAAUAAUCAUCAUACUGUAUAGUUAAUGAACUUAUCUAUUGUGUGUGAGUGUCUUGUGAAAAUCUAGUAACUUUAUGGCAAGAACCCUGAGACGUUAUUGUGUCAUCAUCUUUAUCGCCUACAGGUUCAUUGUGUAGAACAUGGUGUGCAAAACCUGUAUUGAAGUGGAUAGCCUAUCCUUACAUUGGUAUAAGAACACCGUUAUGGCCACCCAGGUAAUGGGGCAGUCUUCCGGAGGAGGAGGUCUGUUCACCGGCAGUGGCACCAUGGGCAUGGCCUUGCCUAACGACAUGUAUGACUUGCCUGAUCUGUCCAGAGCUGAACUGGCUGCGCCUCAGCUCAUCAUGUUGGCAAAUGUGGCCUUAACUGGGGAAGUAAACGGCGGCUGCUGUGAUUACCUGGUUGGCGAAGAAAGACAGAUGGCAGAAUUGAUGCCUGUUGGGGAUAACAACUUUUCAGAUAGUGAUGGAGAAGGACUCGAGGAGUCUCCUGAGGUAAAAGGCGAGUCCAGUGGGCUGGAAAACAUGGAACUGGAGAGUUUGGAACUCAGUGUUGUCCAACCACGGCCUGUGUUUGAGGUGUCAGCUGCCUCAGAACCGUACAGCGCAAAUAAAGAUCUUCCUCGGGAAACACCUGUAGCAGAGGACAAAUGCAAGAACUUGAAGACCAAGCCCUUUCGCUGUAAACCAUGCCAGUAUGAAGCAGAAUCUGAAGAACAGUUUGUGCAUCACAUCCGAGUUCAUAGUGCCAAGAAAUUUUUUGUGGAAGAAAGUGCAGAGAAGCAAGCCAAAGCCAGGGAAUGUGGCUCUUCCACUGGGGAAGAGGGAGAUUUCUCCAAGGGCCCCAUUCGCUGUGACCGCUGUGGCUACAAUACCAAUCGCUAUGAUCACUAUACUGCUCACCUGAAACACCACACCCGAGCCGGGGACAAUGAGCGAGUCUACAAGUGCAUCAUUUGCACGUACACCACAGUAAGCGAAUAUCACUGGAGGAAACACUUGAGAAACCAUUUUCCAAGGAAGGUAUACACAUGUGGAAAAUGCAACUAUUUUUCAGACAGAAAAAACAAUUAUGUUCAGCAUGUUCGAACUCAUACAGGAGAACGUCCAUAUAAAUGUGAACUUUGUCCUUACUCAAGUUCUCAGAAGACUCAUUUAACCAGACAUAUGCGUACUCAUUCAGGUGAGAAGCCAUUUAAGUGUGACCAGUGCAGUUAUGUGGCCUCUAAUCAACAUGAAGUAACCCGUCACGCAAGACAGGUUCACAAUGGGCCUAAACCUCUUAACUGCCCACACUGUGACUACAAAACAGCAGAUAGAAGUAACUUCAAAAAACACGUGGAGCUACAUGUUAAUCCACGGCAGUUCAACUGCCCUGUAUGUGACUACGCAGCUUCCAAGAAGUGUAAUCUGCAGUAUCAUUUCAAAUCUAAGCAUCCUACUUGUCCUAAUAAGACCAUGGAUGUCUCAAAAGUGAAACUAAAGAAAACCAAAAAGCGAGAGGCUGACUUGCCUGAUAACAAAAUCACCAGUGAGAAAACAGAAACAGAGCAGACAAAAAUGAAGGGGGAUGUGACUGGGAAGAAAAACGAGAGGUCUGUCAAAGUAGAGAAAAAAGAUAAUGUUUCAAAAGAGAAAAAGCCUUGUAGUAAUGCCUCAAGCCAAGUGACUACCAGAACUCGCAAAUCGGCAAUGGAAGCUAAAGAAAUGGAUGUGCGCCCAGGAAAUAAUUCAGAAAAAAGCUGUAAAAGCAAGAAAAGCAAAAGGAAGACAGAAGCUGAAGCCCGUUCCUUACAAGAACCUGUUAAUGAUGAGGAACCUGUGACAAAAAAGAAAAAGAAGGCAGAAAGCAAAUCCAGAAAUAGUCAAGAAGUGCCAAAGGGUGACAGCAAAGUAGAGGAGAAUAAAAAGCAAAGUAUUUGCAUGAAAAACAGUGCAAAGAAGAAAACUCUGAGAAGUAAACCAUGUAAAAAAAGCAGCAAGCCUGCUCAGAGGAGGCCCGCUCAGAUAGAGCCUCCUCCUCCCGUGGAGUCUGCUGAGGUGGGACCUGUUCAGGCGGAGCCGCCUCCCGCUGCCCCCCCAUCUCCUCCUCCUCCUCCUCCUCCUCCUCCUCUCCCCCCCGUGGGGCAUGCUGAGGUCGAGGUUGCUCAGACGGAGCUGCCGCCCCCUCCUCCUCCUCCCCCAUCCCCUCCUCCUCCUCCUCCUCUCCCUGCUGUGGGGCACGCUGAGGUCGAGGUUGUUCAGAAGGGGCCUGUUCAUGUGGAGCCUCCUCCCCCCAUGGAGCCGAUGCCCAAAAGGUCUCCUCAGAAAGAUAAUGGGAAGGAAAAGCCCAACAUGCAGAGUGAAAUGGCGCAGAAGGAGCAAGUCCUUAUUGAAGUUGGCUUAGUGCCUGUUAAAGACAGGCAGCUUCUAAAGGAAAGUGCCGGUGCACAGGAUCUCUUACCACCAUCACCACCUCUGCCAAAGGAAAACCUAAAAGAGGAAGAGUCAGAAGACCAAAAAUUAGUCCCUGCAGGCGAAGGACAUAAAGAAGCUCCCCUUCAAAAAGUGGAAGCAGAAGAGGCAGAUCAGAGUCUAGCUGGUCUUGCUGCUGUUACCAAGGCAUCUGCCAAUAUUUCAUCCUCUGAACAAAACUUGAAUAUGCCAGAGGGUGAAACUUUAGAUGGUAAACAUCAGGCUGACACUAUGCUUUGUGAAAUGAAGAGGGACACUGAUGAGAAGAAAACAGAGAAUCCCCCCGGCAGAGACUCGGCAGUUGAAGAACCAACUUCACCACCACUUCUUCCUCUACCGCUAGAAAAAUGUGAAGCAGUGUCCACAGCUACUGUGGCAUCACCUCCCGUCACCGUGGCAGUAAAUGAGUCUCAGGAAAUGGAUGAAGAUGAAGGCAUCCACAGUCAUGAUGGAAGUGACCUAAGUGACAACAUGUCAGAGGAUAGUGAUGAUUCUGGAUUGAAUGGGGCUCGGCCAGUUCCACAAGAGACUAGUAGAAAAAAUGGAAAGGAAGCCUUGGCAGUCAAAGUGGCCGAGGGAGAUUUUGUUUGUAUCUUCUGUGAUCGUUCUUUUAGAAAGGAAAAAGAUUACAGCAAACACCUCAAUCGCCAUUUGGUUAAUGUAUACUUCCUUGAAGAGGCAGCUCAAGGGCAGGAGUAAAUAAACUUUGGGCAAGGCUUCAGUUCUUAGUUUGUAAGGUCUCUGACAUUUUGUGUUCAUUUGUAGUAGUAGACAACCUUUUGUUUUUAAAAAAUUGCUUUAAUUAGUAUCCAAUCUUGAUUUUUAAGUGGCAUUCUUUUCCUUAGGACUCCAUGUACCUAAUGAUGUACAAAUUUUAGCAAAUCCGAGGGAGUUAGUGUAAUAAGCCAGCUAAAUCUGUUAGCGUUUGCUUUUAAUUGAGCCAAGAGGGCCAAGGUGGUAUUAGAGCAUUCUAUUGAUUUGUUCAGCUAUAACUUGCAAGUUUUUUCCCCAUGUCUAUUCCUGUUUCACUUUAGUUUAUUCUUAGUUCCUUGUUUAGCUCUGUAAAAAUUGGCAUACUUAAAUAGCAAAUUACUUGAAGAAUUUGCCUGCUUUACAUAAAGUUAGCACUUUAAAAUUAUUUUAGAGAUGAAAAGAGACAUUUAAAUUGAAGAGAAGUUCUGCCAACAAUGGACAGUGUAUCAGCCAAGGUAUUUACUUCCUGAAUUUUGAUCAAUACAUAUUUCUUAUUUGUGUAUAUGUUAAUCGUCAUAAAAACAUUGAUUUUGGUGUGUUUUUUUAUUUUGGUGCUUUAAUAGCUUAAGAUGUUGCACAUUGUUGUUUUUUUUUUUUAAUCUAUGCAGUUACAUUUUUUUCUAGAACUAGCAUUUUUGUUGAACAGUAACACUUUAUACAUAUAUUUGCAUUUUAUUUUUUCCUCUUUGGAGGGAUGCUUUUAAUCUUGUUUGCAAAAGGGCAGUUUUCUUUUUUCCUUUGCUGCAAUUGUCUUUUUUGCAGAAUAUUAGUGUGUGCAAAUUUCUGAGCAAAUGAAACAUGCAGGUUAAAUUCAUUGAUUUUGAUAUUCAUAUCUAUGCCAGAAUCUGCAUUUCAUAUAAGUUAUUUAUUUUAAAUGCGUAUAGUGAAUUCAUAGCUCUCAGUUUGAACUUUACAAUAAAUAAGCCACUAGGUCUAUACUGAAUGGAUUUUUAUCUCAAAUACUAACCAUAAGUAAACUUUUGGCCUGUCUUAGUACAUCUACUUCCUAAAUGUACGGUGUUAAAUCGUAUCUUAGAGGAAAACCUCUUUCAUAGAUGGUUGGUGUUUUUAUGUCUACUCCGCUGAAUAAAGAACUGUAGUUUUUAUUUGGAAACUGCAAAUCUGGAAUUAGGAGGCAUAAUUACUCCUUCAAGUUAUACAGAAUAUCAGUUUGUGAGAUUCCAAAGCCAUAGCGAUUAUACAGAAAACCUAUGAUGAGAAAGGUAGUAUGAGUGCUGGUAGAUCAGCUGCUACUUCCUGUGAAUACAGUGAAAAAGGCUGGUGAAAGUUAAAUUCAGUCCAGAUUAAAAAAAUCACACUUUCUCAGGGAUCUCCACCAACUAGUGGGUGUCCUAGCUGUUCCUGUGACUGCCUUUUUCUACAGGCGAGGACUCAGAUGAGCUGCAGCUAUUCUCGUGUUCCUGUGGGGCACUUUGUAUGGAAGAGUAUGUACUUCCAAACUUUGUUGGUAGGUUCUUUGGUCAGUCACCAAAGAAUAUGAAAGAAUCCAGUAAAGGAUUUUUCUUGUUGACAGCAGUUAUUCAUUGUAGUCCCAAUAAAGUAUGAUCCCCAUAGGGAACCUUGAACAAUUCCAGUUCUCCCAUGUCCUAUUCUGAAAUAACCACUUUAUAUUUCAUUGAUUUUCUUUUGUCUGAUGAUCUCUGAGGCAGGUUUCAGAGUUUGGCAAUGCAACAGGAAAGAUUAGAAAAAGUAUUGAAGUAUGGGUGGAAAACUUGUUAAAAUUCUGAGAGUGAAGUCCAAGUUAAAAGACAUUUGAACUUGGAAUUGACUGGGAGGCCAAAGAUUUAAAGAAGCAGAAGAUUCUCUCAAGACAUGAGGAGUAAGUUGUGUUACUGGUGUGUGUUUUGUGUGCACGUUGGGGAUUUGUAAAUGAUGUUGAAUUCUAAGCUCCGACAAUCAUUGUCAAUGGAAGAUCAAGCUGCAAAUAUUUAUGUUUUAAAACUUAAAUUAUAAGGCUAGUUAAAUCUGUCUAACAAAUAUUUUUUAAUAUUCAUGGGUACAUUUUGUAUAAGUUACCUUUUACAGUAUAUAUGAAAAGAUUCAUGUUAAGUACAAAUUACAGAUUGGGAAUCAGUUUUGGGAAGAGGUUUUGUGCAUUCUUUGAUACUUCAAAAGAAAAAAUCUGACUUCUGGGGAAUUGGACUAAUUUUCUAAUCUAGAUUUUAAGACUAGAAUGCCAAAAACAAAAGUAUGAAGGAAAUUAAAACUCCUUAUUAUGAAAGUGAUCUGUGAAAACAUUGUUACUGGAAAUUGAGUGGACUUGAGGCCUUUCUUCCAGAAAACAAGGACUUGAUUGUCAGGCCUAUAUUAGGUUCUGAACCUUAAUGCCAUGUAUUUGUUCUUAUUAAAAAUUGUUUCAAUGAAAAGUGCAUUAGUAAUAAGAACUUCUGGUCUAGUUGGGAGUUCUUCCAUUUGAAAAAUGUGAUAUUUGCAUGGAACUGUUUGAAUCUUUUUGUUUUCUCAGUAUACCCUCCACUGGAUAGGAUUGAAGCUAGAAUUUUCCCUUUUGAUAAAGGAAUAAAAAGUGAACAUGUUAUUUGUAGAUUGAUGUUUAGUACUAGAGCAAAAGUUGAAAUAUUAGAAUAUGUUAUAAGCCUAAUCCUUGGUAGUCUUAUAAAAAUAUAUCUCUUUUAACUAUCUUCUGAACCUAUAUUCACAUUGGUUUUCAAGGUAUUUUAAGUUAUGUUUUCUUCCUCUUUUCAGAGCUGCUUCUAUGGGGCUGCCUGUUUUUCUUUUUUAAAGUUAAAUUGAGGUGUCAUUCACAAAGGGCUGCAUUUUUUGUUAAGGUUCCUUACAACUAUGGCUGGGUGUUUUACUCUGGUCUCCCAAGAAGGGCCAUUUUAUCUUUGUCAUGACUUUAGAGUCCCUCUAGAGUCACCUCUAAAGUCAUGUGGUCUUUAACUUUGGGAACUAUUUCUCAUCUGAGUGCUAAUUCAGAUUUAAGCUUGAGUCAUCGCCUAUCACCCCAUGAAUGUUGACAGUGGAAGGAAUACCUUUCCUGUAGUUUCAGUUCUAGACUGAAAACCUGGGGGAAGAAACUUCAUUUUCUUUUUUGCACAAAUCAGAAAAACAGCUACUGCGCAGUUUCCUUGUUGACCUCAGCAGAUGAACUGGACUAGUAGUGUUAAUUCAGAUUUAAGCAAUUACCUGAAUCUUGAUUUGAGUAAACUUGUGAUCUACAUGCAAUAUUAACUAGAUUGGAUAGCUUUUAUAUUUUCACACGUACACAUAGGCUCUCCCCACCCUCAUCAACAUCCAUUAGUUAUCGAGCUUUGUGAACUGGCAUUGAAGCAUUACAACAAUGUUUUGUUGCACCAAUUUUAUAAACUUUUACAGUGCAAUACGUGUUAUUUUUCAGAGACAAACCAAAGUUUAAUUUCUCAAGGUUCAUGCUGUUUGCUUUAGCAGCAUUUGAUGGUGGAUCUUUUAUAUACAUUUGUAAUAGAUGGAAAAAUAAACCAGAUUGCAAAUGCUUUUUCUUUCUUUUUUAAAGCAAACCAUGUACCAAGUUUUUUGGUCCAAAUUGUGUAGGAUAAGUUAAAUUGCGUUCUAAUAACCAAUAUGAGUGUAUUUCUGUAAGUAUAGUUAUGUUGAAAUAAAGUUUUAAAAAGCA